AUGGACAUGGAAGAGGAAAAAGGAGAUGGAGACGAUGAAAUUUAUGAUGCAAAUACAGAUACCAAACCAAAUAAAGCAUCUAUCCCCCUUCUAGCGGAAGAUGUUGAUACAGAUGCAGAGGCAGAAGUAUUAAAUGAAUUAAAUCUCCUCACAGAAAUUGAAGAAUCGCCACCUGGUUCUAUCCAUCUGGAAAUGAAUUCUUCAAAAGGAUAUUCAAAAUUCGCUAUAACAGCUGCUUCUGUAUCUAAUAUCAUUGCUUCUGCUAUAGAAGAUGGCUGUUGCUGGAACAAUAAAUCAUAUAUAUUAGGGGCGCAAAAAAGUUCUGAGCUCUAG